AUGUCUAUAAAAACUUGUUUAGAUUUGGAGCAGAAUAGUAUUAGCAAAAAGUGUGCAACUUUUCUAAUCCAACAGGAUAUUUUUGAUAAACAAUCGCAAAUUGACACAUUCAAAGUGCUUAAGACUACUCAAAAAGGAGAAGAAUCAAAUACAUCAUUUGAACAUAAACCAUCAUAUAAUGAAGAAUUACCAUCAACUUCAUCAAAAAAGAUCAGUACUUAUAGAAACAAAGAAGAAGGUAUUACUCAAGAAGAUGUGUUGAACUCUGUUUCCAAAGUUUCUGAUACCUUUAGGGAAACUAAAUUCCCAGUAUAUUAUGAAAAACUCAAAUUGAUAUUACAUACUCAAAAUGCUAAGAUGAAUUAUUAUAUUAUUGAUUUGAGAGAUGAGGAAAUACUAAAUCAGGUUCACGAACUUUUGAGUGAUUAUAAAUUAAAUUUUUUGUUUGUAAGGUUAAGUUUAACAGAUGAGAAUGAAUGUAUAAGUGAGGAGGUGCGUAGGUAUAUGACACUAUUUGAUGAGAUUAUUGAGAAAAAGAGUUGUGAUGAUAAUGAUAUAGAAUUUAAGAAUAAUGACAUAAUUGAUGAAAGAAAUAGCAAAGAAUUUGAAAAAGCCAUUGCAAAAAUGAAGGGAAAAGUUCAUCAAUUAGACAGUCUAUCCAAAAAAUUUCAUUAUCUAUCUAACACCUUUCUUAUUCCUGCAAAGAAUUAUGAUCAAUCAGAAAUACCUGAUAUUUUUAUUAUUAAGAGUAUCUCUAGUCACCUUGAUACAAUCACAAAAAUAAACGGUUUAAUGAGAAAUACUUCUGAACGUACAUAG